AUGCACAAAAAUGAGUCAGGACAUGCUAACGAACUUAUAGAGUUUGUUGCGGCCACAGUAGCAGGUAUAAAGAGUCUUUCGAAAGAAAAUGAACAAAUGCUCAUUAACUACCUCGAUAGUCAACACCGUGAUCGGUUUAGAUCAUUUCUGGGACUUUUGGACGGACAGGAACGUAGCACUCUGUUUGUCUUACUUUUUGAAGAGGUUGAUAGGACGUUAGUCACUAUUGACAUUGGUGAGGAGAUGAUAGAUAAUGACAAUUUGACAAACGCUGAAUACUCUACCUUAUUGAUCAUCAGGUCUAAAAACGCAAUUGUGGAUGCGGAUCCAAUCAAAACACAAAUAAACGUGAUAUACUUGCCUGGUCCCGUACAUGCAGAUAGUUUGGCCUCCAUUAUCACACAUGGUGUAUCUUCUGUAUUCGGUCAACUGGUGAAAUCGGAUGCAAAGUCAUAUUCUGUCGAGACCAUAGAUAAGACCAGGAGGAAACUCGAUGAUAUUUCCAAGCAAUUUCAACAGCUACAUAAUUCAAUCGAAACACCGGAUCUUUUGGCAAUGGUUCCUAGUAAUAUCAAAUCUGCUGUAUCGAAAGGCGCCACCUCACAUGACUAUGCAGACUAUCUUUCUAAUAGUGAUUUAGACGAUAUAAAAUUCUUAAAUGCCUUGCAAAGCAUAGCAAACAAAUGGUUUUUAGUUAUCAAACAAACAUUGACGAUUGAUAGAGAUGUAAAAGAUGGUUCCGUUUCAUAUGAAGUGGAAUUUUGGUCUAACUUACAUGAAGUAUUGAAGUCACUUAUUCAACAAACGCAAAACCAAGAAUUUCAAGUAUGCUUAUCCAUUCUAACCAACGGAAAAAGAUUUCACAACUUGACAAAUUUUUUGAACGAAGGUUCACUUUCAGACAAGUUUAAGCUCGCAGAUAAAAAUAACCAAUUCUUAUCAUCAAUCCCUAUCGAUGAAGUUCAUAAAUCAAGUAAUCUUGAGACUUUGCUUAAACUUUUUGUGACAUUAGCAUCUUCUUUAAAAAAGUUCAGGUACUCGAGCUACCCAGUCCAAAGAUUUACCGUGCUGGUGGACAAAGUCUCUCAAGAAGUCAUGGAUGCAAUAUUAAACAAUCUUGCCAAUUUAUUUGAACUAGAUUAUGAUUCUUUUUUGGUUCUACAUGAAAAAUCAAUCCACGCAAUAGAAGAAUGGGAUAAAAUCGUGCAAGACAUUAAUUUAUUAAUAAGGGAAGAUCUGAGGAAGAAAGCACCGCAAGAACUACUAUCACAAAAGCUAACAUUUACAAGUGCGUCUGUGAGGAUGACUUUGGAAGAAAUCUUGACCACGCGUAACCGAUUUAUUUCUUUGGCCCAAACGCUAAAAGGUAUAUCCUCCUCUACUUAUCAUGAAGAAAUACUGAGGUUAUAUAAACCAUUUGAACAGAUUGAUGAUAUCUCCGUAAAUCUUCGACAGAGAUUGGAGCAGGCAGAGCGUGAGUAUAGUAAAAACAUGUUUGAUUUGGAAACGAAGUUGCAGACUUUACUGGAGGAUGUGAUUGACUCUGACCGCUGUCCAAUUGAAAAAUUAAGCUAUUUAGUUAAGUUCAAGUCAUUGAUGGAACUUUGCCCUCGAAUAAAAGUGAAAGUACAAGAGAAUCAGCAGGUACUGCUAAUUGAGGUAAAGAAAGAAAUAAGGCAAUUAGAGAUUGGUAUGAACGCUCUGCCCAAGAUUCUGCAUUUGGAAUCAUUAAAUGAUAUACCUCCCACAUCUGCAAAAAUUUCCUACUUCGCAAAAAUCCAGCACCGCAUUGAAGAAAUAAGCCAAUAUCUCGAGGCGCUUUUUGGAUCUAAUUGGAGCACUACACUUGAAGGGCGUUCGAUAUCCGCUUUGAUACUGCAACUAAAAAAGGAUACAAACCCUCAAGAUGUGUUUUUGCAAUGGUUAAAUAAUUUCCCCGAAAAAGCAACAGCAAGUCUUUUCAUGGCGCCCAUUUUGAAACUUCUCAAGAAUAACGAGGAUAGCUAUGAAUUAAAAGUGAACUUCGAUUUUGCCUUAGCUGAUGCUUACAAAGAGUUGAGGAGUUUGACCUACAUGGCAUUCCAAGUACCCAGCCAUGUAGUACGUGUUGCCAGAAUCUAUAUGAAUUUGUACCCGCGAGCCAUAAAUUUGGUUGAACUAAUCCAAACUUUUUUUUCACUUAGCAAAUCGCUUUCUAAUACCUUUUAUACAAACGUCUUUUUGAAGAAUAAGGUAGAAAACGUGUGGAUACUAUUACAACAAAUUCUAGAAACAUCGUGGGAAUCUCUACGAGUGAUCAACACGAACAAUCAAGAAAUGCUUUGUUCGAUUCACAGUCUUAACAUAUUGGAGAAAUCGAUUGAUGAUGUUAUUUCGGAUUACCAAAUAUUGAAAAGUUCUGAGACUCAGUUUUUCGAGCAGUUCUCUGCUCUGAAUAGUUUUGAAGGUACUGCCGAUGACUUGCACAAAAUGCAAGAGAUAAUAGGAAAUAUUCAGGUCAUUUUUGAAGACCUUUCUGCCAAGGGUCUUGCUAACGUUAUUGAUUGUAUUCCCAAGUUCAAUUGUUUAAUUAUUAACAUACUUCUGGAAAAAGUAUCUUCUAGCCUAAAAGAGCUUCGUUUCCCAAGGCGCAUAUUGAAACUUGAUUUCGAUGGGGGUAAAAUAACACCAUUACCAUCCUUGGCUCAUAUUAAAGGCUCUUUAUUGAAGGACAUUGAGGUUCUCUUGAAUACAGUUGUUCAAUUUGAGUUUUUGCAUGACCCCGAUAGCCCUAGUUUGAUUACAUUGCCCUUUGAUUCGGUGGUAGCCAAGCUGAAAGGCGAUAUUCAAAACUCCAUUGAAAAGAUCCAAUCCUUACAUUACAAAAUCAAUAUGUACGUCAGAGAAUGGCAGAAAAUGGAUUUUCUUUGGAAAAUUACGGAGAAAACUCUUUUAGAGACAAUAAAUAAUCAAACUAGAAAAUGCUUUGAAAUUUUAGAGGGAUUCCUUAAUUUUCAGUCAAACUUCGAUCUAACUCAAAAUCAAAACGAUUUCACGAAGAAUUUUGUGCUUCAAAUUCAAGAUGUACACAGUCAUAUCCGCUCAAAAAUGAAUUUUUGGAUCUCAUAUAUCAGCAAGCAUCUUUUGUUGCUACAUGAUCGUGAUGCCAGACAAUUGCAUGAAGAUAUGAACAGGGACAAAGAAGCUUUAGAAGAUAUGGAUAUAAAUUUGUCAUCCUUAAAAAACAUAACCAUCAUAAUUGAGGCUAUCAACUUAAACAAAAGACAUGUCAUUGAACGAGAAACACAAAUCAAGUUAUUAAGGUCGGUCUCGAGGACACUUACAAAACUUAGGGUAGAUUUUCCGUCACAUUUUAUUUAUAUAGAACAACUCGAUACUGAUUUUAGUUCUCUAAGGGAAUCCUUGAGUCAUGUUGAGCAAGAGUUGCAAAAGCACCGUGUAAUUAUAGCACAAAGACUAGAACAAGAAGUAAGACACAUUAAUGAUUUGUCCCAAUCUUUGAACGAAAGUUGGUCAGUUCGGAAGCCAAUCUCACCGACAUUAACUCCACCUGAAGCACUUGAAAUUCUGGAGUUGUUCAAUAGUUCAAUGAUUUCGCACAGGAAAAAAGUGGAUUCUGUUGCGAAUGCCGCGAAGAUGUUACUUAUUCCCGUUGUUUUGAAGGACCAACUCGCGCACAUGGUGGAAGAAGUUAAACAGUAUGAGCUAGUCUGGAAAAGUAUUGAAACCCUUUGGAAAGAUUUACAAAGAACUGUUGAAACUCCGUGGUGUAGAGUAAACGUGUUAGCUCUUCAAUCAGAGCUAGAUAUCUUUCUUCAAAGCGCAAACGAACUUCCUAGAGUUGUUAAACAAUUUGAGAUAUAUAAAGCGCUGUUCUCACAGAUCGAUAUGCUCAGUUCUGUAAAUAGAACUAUGAUUGAGUUGAAGGAUGCUGCUUUGAAGCCAAGGCAUUGGAACAUGAUAUUUCGCGAUAUAGGCAAAAGACAAGUACAAAAAUUUCUAGUUGAUAAAUUAGAAUUCUCUCUCAAGGAUGUGAUGCUCCUUAACUUGACCCUGAAUAAGGUAACUCUGACAAAAAUCAUACAAAGGGCUCAAAAGGAAUUUGUUAUAGAAAAAUCCCUCGAUAGAAUUAAAGCUUUCUGGAAGGCGGCUCAAUAUGACGUAGAAGAACACUCAAGUGGACUCAAGCUCGUGGGCGAAUGGGAUGUGUUAGAGCAAGCCUGCAGGGAAGAUUUAGAGGAGCUAAUAUCCAUGAGAACUUCGAACUAUUACAAGAUUUUUGAGCAAGACUGUUUGGAUUUGGAAUCCAAACUUACAAAAUUAUCUGAAAUCCAGGUAAAUUGGGUUGAAGCUCAAUUUUACUGGUUGGAUCUGUAUGGAAUUCUUGGGGAGAAUCUGGAUAUUCAAAACUUUCUACCCCUCGAAACUUCCAAAUUUCAAAGUUUAACCAAUGAGUAUAAAAUGAUAACUACAAGAGCUUUUCAACUUGACACAGCAAUUGAAGUAAUACAUAUCUCCAAUUUCGUCACGACAUUGAAACUAACCGUCGACUCUUUGAAGAUGAUAAAAUCGUCAUUAUCGAUCUUUUUAGAGCAGCAGAGAAAGAAGUUCCCGAGGUUUUACUUUCUGGGCAAUGACGACCUUUUGAAAGUCAUAGGGUCUGGAAAGCACUACGACCAUGUUUCGAAAUUUAUGAAGAAAAUGUAUGGAAGUAUUGAUUCCAUAAUCUUUUCUGACGAUUGUAUAGAUGGUGUGAGGUCACUGGAGGGUGAGGUACUAAACUUGAAUGAAAGAAUCAAGCUCGAUAGCUCAAUUCAAGCUCCAGAGUGGCUGACUGUCUUGGACACGGAAAUCAAGCUGAGCUUGUUCACCCAGUUCAAAGCAUGUUUGAACAAAAUCAAAGACGGUAUCGAUAUGGAACUGAUCAUACCCAGGUAUGUUUUUCAAGCCGUCCUUCUUGCAGCCCAGGUUAUGUGGACGGAACUCGUUGAAAAAUGUUUCCAAACUAAUGAGUUCAUAAAAUAUUGGGAAGAAACCAACAUAAAAAUUGGAAGUUUGCUGAAUAAGUUGAGCAAAUCUCCUCACAAUACGAAUAGGAAAAUUGAAGCUCUACUUGUUGAGUACUUGCAUUUUAAUAAUAUUAUAGAACAGCUCAAAAAUUGUUCUUCCGAAGAGAAAGCCCAAUUAUUAUGGGCGAGGGUUCAAAAAUUUUACUUAAAUGACGAUGCAAAAGAUGAUCUUGAUUCGGUUUUCAUUUCUCAAAGUGGCUACACCCUACAGUAUAAGUUUGAGUAUAUUGGAAUCCCGGAGAGGUUAAUUUACACACCAUUGCUGCUCGUCGGAUUCGCCGCACUUACAGAUUCCCUACAUCAAAAGUACGGUGGUUGCUUCUUUGGUCCUGCUGGAACAGGCAAGACAGAAACUGUAAAAGCAUUUGGUCAAAAUCUCGGUCGUAUGGUUGUAGUCUUUAACUGUGAUGACUCAUUUGAUUAUCAAGUUAUUUCCAGGCUGCUAGUGGGUAUUACGCAGAUUGGGGCAUGGGGAUGUUUUGAUGAAUUCAAUAGGUUAGACGAAAAAGUUUUAAGUGCUGUAUCUGCCAAUAUUCAAGAAAUACAGAAUGGUUUACAAGUCGGAAAGCCGUAUACGACACUUUUGGAGGAAGAAACUUCGUUAAGCCCACACACAGCAGUAUUUAUUACUUUAAACCCUGGGUAUAAUGGAAGGUCUGAACUGCCAGAAAAUUUGAAAAAGAAUUUUAGAGAGUUUUCUAUGAAAUCGCCGCAAAGUGAUACCAUUGCAGAAAUGAUAUUAAAAAUUUUGGGAUUCGAGGAUGCGAAGAUUCUGGCCUCGAAAACUGUCCAUUUUUUGGCUUUGCUAUCUUCAAAAUGCAGUUCAAAGAAGCACUAUAAUCAUUUCGGCUUGAGGACACUGAAAAGUGUAUUAAGAAAUUGCAGUCCUUUGAUUAAAGAAUUUGGAAAGCAGAAAGUUACCUUAGUAGAAAGUUUGAAGAGAGUAAUUUUGCCGUCAUUAGAUGACGCUGAUGAACGAAUAUUCAACGAAGAAAUGUUGGAAGUAUUUGAUUCUGCUGGGGCACCUUUAAAUUCAGAGGUAAUUGUCCGAUGUUUGAAGGAUGUUAGCCAAAGGAGCAGUUUUUUGAUGUCUGAAGAAUUCCUUAAAAAAUGUUUGCAGUUUUAUUACAUGCAGCAAACACAACAGGCCCUGAUACUUGUAGGUAAUGCAGGAUGUGGGAAGACAGCAACAUGGAAAACUGUUAUUGACGCAAUGGCCAUUUUUGAUGGCUGUGCCAAUAUUGUGUAUACUAUUGAUACAAAGGUCCUCACAAAGGAAUCAAUAUAUGGUAGUAUGGUAAAGGCAACCUUAGAGUGGCGAGAUGGGCUUUUUACUUCACUUCUAAGAAGGGUGAACGAUGAUCUCACAGGAACCUUCAAGGAUGCGAAAAUUUGGAUUGUAUUCGAUAGCGAUUUAGAUCCAGAAUAUGUGGAGGCUAUGAACUCUGUUCUUGACGAUAACAAGAUCCUAACAUUACCAAAUGGUGAAAGACUUCCUAUUCCUCCCAACCUUCAUAUUAUAUUUGAAACGGAUAACCUUGAUCACGCCACACCAGCUACUAUAACUAGAUGCGGUUUAUUAUGGUUUUCAUCCGAUGUGUGUGUCAUGUUCUCUAAGAUAAACUGUUUACUCGAUAAAGGCUUUGAAGCACUUGAGAGUGAUUUAUCUAUGUUGGGACUUGAAAAAGUGAGGAAUAUAAUAUCAGAUGCCCUCAAUACGACUUCUUUAGCCAAGCUCUUCACAAGUGCAAAUGACUUAGAUCAUGUCAUGGGAAUCAGUCCUUUCAAUAAGAUAGAAACUGCGGUGCAGCUAAUUACUUAUUCAGUCUCGGUUUAUAGGCAGUGGCUUGAAAACAUCACCAAUGAAAAGUUGAAAGAUGUUAUUGCUUUAGUUGUUAAAAGAUCACUGCUAUAUGCCCUUGCUGGCGAUUCAAUUGCUGAAUCGCAGACGGCUUUUUCAGAAGCCAUAAACACUUACUUCGGAUAUAACAACCAAGAGUUUUCAGAUUAUUGUAACCUAGUUAUUGUGAACGACAACUUGAAGUUUACUUCUCUCUCUUCAGAGGUUCCCUCUAUCGCUUUAGAGGCGCAUGACAUCAUGAAGCCUGAUAUCAUAAUCCCUACGAUUGAUACGGUCAAGAAUGAAAAGGUGUUCUAUGACCUAUUGAACUCAGGAAGAACAAUUAUUCUUUGUGGGCCCCCUGGAUCUGGUAAAACAAUGAUUAUGAAUGGUGCGCUCCGUAAAUCUUCUCGCUUUGAUGUUGUUGGUAUUAAUUUUUCCAAAGAUACCACUAUUGAACAUAUUUUGUCGGCUUUGCAUCGCCAUACAAAUUAUAUGACUACAUCAAAAGGUCUUACUUUAUCCCCAAAAUCAGAUAUUAAAGAGUUGGUACUAUUUUGUGACGAGAUAAAUUUACCAAAACUGGACAGGUACGGCUCCCAGAAUGUCAUCUUCUUUUUAAGACAGCUUAUAGAGAAGAGAGGAUUCUGGAAAACUCCAGAAAAUAAAUGGGUGACUAUAGAGAGAAUACAUAUUGUUGGUGCUUGCAAUCCCCCAGCUGACCCAGGAAGAAUUCCUAUGUCGGAAAGAUUUACACGACACACCACUAUUCUUUAUUUAGGUUAUCCUAGUGAGAAAUCUCUUUCUCAAAUUUACGAGACAUACUACAGGGCCAUUUUUAAGCUAAUUCCUGAGUUCAAAUCAUACGCUGAACCCUUCGCAUGCGCUUCUAUUCAUUUAUAUAAUGAAUGCAAAACACAUUACGGUACCAAUCUCCAAUCGCAUUACCUUUUUUCACCAAGAGAAUUAACACGUUUAGUCAGAGGUGUCUACGCAGCAAUCAAUAAUGGAUCAAGACAAUCAAUAGUAUCUUUACUACGGCUAUGGGCCUAUGAAGCUUGGCGAAUCUUCGCAGAUAGGCUAGUUAAGGCAAAGGAAAAAAGCAAUUUUGAACAAAUCCUGUGUAAAACGGUUGAAAGAUACUUUCCUAACCAGAACUUAGGUAAUAUAGCUUCAACUUCUCUACUCUUUUCAGGUUUAUUGAGUCUUGAUUUCAAGGAGAUCAAUAAAAUAGAUCUUGUAAACUUUAUAGAGGAAAGAUUUAAAACAUUUUGCGAUGAAGAAUUAGAAAUGCCCAUGGUUGUACAUGACUCUAUGAUUGAUCACAUCUUGCGUAUUGAUCGUGUGCUGAAACAAGUCCAGGGCCAUAUGAUGCUGAUUGGCGCUAGCAGGACAGGUAAAACUACCCUGACAAGAUUUGUUGCGUGGUUGAAUGGAUUGAAUGUUGUUCAACCGAAGAUCCAUCGUCACUCCAAGCUUAAUGAUUUUGACACUAUCUUAAAAAAAGUCCUUUUAGACUGUUCACUCAAGGAAGGUCGUAGUUGUUUAAUUAUUGAUGAGUCCAACAUUUUAGAAACGUCCUUCUUGGAAAGAAUGAAUACGUUGCUUGCUAAUGCUGAUAUACCAGAUUUGUUCCAAGGAGAGGAAUAUGACAAACUGUUGAAUAACUUACGGAAUAAAACCAGGUCUCUUGGCCUAUUACUGGAUACGGAACAAGAAUUGUAUGACUGGUUUGUUAGGGAAAUUGCCAAAAACCUUCAUGUCAUAUUUACAAUUUGCGAUCCUGAGAAUAAUAAGUCUUCGGCAAUGAUAAGUUCACCGGCUCUUUUCAAUCGUUGUAUAAUUAAUUGGGUGGGUGAUUGGGAUGUGAGUAUAAUGUCUCAGGUGGCCAGUGCUAUGGUGGACCGAAUUCCAAUAGAAUUUACAGACCGCGAAGUACCAAAGGUAAAUGAGGAACUGGUAUUCACAGAAUCAUUCGUAACUAUUAGAGAUGUUGUUGUCAACAUUUUAAUACACUUUGAUUGUAAGUUUUAUGGAAAUAGGAGGAUCAAAACAUAUCCAAGAUCGCCUGGGUAUUUUUUGGACGGUUUACGUACUCUAGAGAAUCUUGUUCUAUCAAGAUAUCACGACUUACAGGCAAACCAAAGAUUUGUUAAUGUUGGUCUGGAAAAAUUAAACGAAUCUGUCUUGAAGGUUAAUGAACUAAACAAAACUUUGUCAAAGAAAAAAGUUGAGCUUACCGAGAAGGAAAAGGAGGCUCGAAGAACAUUAGACAAUAUGCUCAUGGAACAGAAUGAAUCAGAAAGAAAACAGGAGGCCACAGAGGAAAUCAAAAAGAUAUUAAAAGUUCAAGAAGAAGAUAUAAGGAAAAGAAAGGAGGUUGUGGUGAAGAGUAUCCAGGAAAUUGAACCUACGAUCCUCGAGGCACAACGCGGCGUAAAGAAUAUCAAAAAGCAGCAAUUGACAGAAAUUCGGUCAAUGUUGAACCCUCCACAUGGUGUAAAAAUCGUUAUGGAAGCUGUUUGUGCUAUACUUGGUUAUCAGUUCUCCAAUUGGAGGGAUAUACAACAAUUUAUCAGGAGGGAUGACUUCAUUCACAACAUAGUGUAUUACGAUACUACCCUUCAUAUGAACUCCCAAAUUCGAAAGUAUAUGGAAGAGGAAUUUUUAUCCGAUGCCAGAUUUACUUAUGAGAUAGUAAAUAGAGCUAGUAAAGCAUGCGGGCCGUUGUAUCAAUGGGUUGAUGCCCAAGUAAACUUUAGUAAAGUUUUACAUAACAUAAAUCCGCUGAGGGAAGAAAUGAAGAGAAUAGAGUAUGAAUCAUUGAAAACAAAGGCCAAUUUGCUUGCUGCUGAAGAGAUGACGCAAGAUUUAGAGGCUAAUAUUGAAGUAUCGAAGCAAAAAUAUAGCUUGUUAAUCAGAGAUGUUGAAGCUAUUAAGACAGAGAUGAGCAAUGUACAGAGUAACCUUGAUAAAUCCAUAUAUUUGGUUAAAAGUUUAACUUUUGAAAAAGAAAGAUGGUUGAAUAGUACAAAAGAGUUCAAGAAGACGAGUCAAGAGCUGAUAGGAAAUUGCAUAAUUUCCUCCAUCUAUGAAACAUAUUUCGGGCAUUUAAAUGAAAAGGAACGGGCAGAUAUGCUGGGCACUUUAAAGCACUUGCUAAACAAAUUUGGUGUCAAGUAUGAUCUAAAUUAUCGAUUCAUUGAUUACCAAGUAGCGCUGGAUGAAGUAAUGAAGUGGCUUGAGUGCGGAUUGAAUAAAAACGACCAUUUUUUGGAGAAUAUGAGUAUCAUCAUGAAUUCGAAAAAUGCAGUCCCUUUUCUUUUGGACCCAACUUCGCACAUGAUAACGGUCAUUUCGAGCUAUUACGGCAAUAAAACUGUAGUUCUCAGUUUCCUCGAAAACGGAUUUGUUAAAAGAUUGGAGAAUGCAAUUAGAUUUGGAAAUGUGGUUAUAAUUCAAGAUGGAGAAUUCUUUGAUCCGAUCAUAUCGCGAUUAAUUUCCAAGGAGUUCAAUUAUGCUGGAAACAGAGUUACCGUGGACAUUGGUGAUCACGAAGUAGACGUUUCAGGCGAUUUCAAAUUAUUUAUCCAUUCUUGUGACUCUAGUGCUGUUAUUCCGAUAUUCCUCAGAUCUAGAGUAAGGUUAGUUGAUUUUGUUACAAACAAGGAAAACAUUGAAACACGAGUAUUUGAUAUCACGUUGGCGGAAGAAAAUGCAAAAAUGCAAAGACAGAGGGAAGACAUAAUAAAAUUGAAUACCGAGUAUAAGAUAAAGUUGAAGAAUCUGGAAAAGCAGUUGUUGGAAGAACUAAGUAAUUCACAGGGGAACAUGCUAGAAAAUGAUGAGCUGAUGGUAACCUUAAAUCAUCUGAAAAAGGAGGCUGCUAACAUUGAAAACAAGUUAAAUGAAUCUGAAGCAUUUAUGCCUCAAUUCGAUAACUUGGUAAAGGAAUACGCCAUAAUCGGUAGACAUAGUGUCAAAUUAUUUACCAUGUUGGAGGAAUUCGGUAGCUUUCAUUGGUUCUACAGCAUAUCCAUAGUGCAGUUCUUAUCAUGUUUCAGACGUGUAUUCAGUAAGAAAAAUAGGAAGAGAAUGGCUUGCAUGACAAGAGUAAAUGAAAUCCUUUGGAUAUUAUACCAAGAAGUAUAUAGUCAAUUUUCUACAGCUCUUGACAUGAAACGUAAGAUGAUCAUGGCCAUGGUGAUGUUCUGUUUGUACAAAUUCGAUAACGAGAAUGAACAAUACAAGGAAGCAGUUCUAGCCAUGAUCGACAUGCUUUCUGGGAGUCGUGAUAGCGUAGAAAAACUGGAUGUGGAUGCUAACGGUGAUUUGAAUUCAUUAUUGAAGCAUAUUACAGGCAAAUCGUACACAUCUGCGCUACAUUGGUUCAAAAACGAGCUGUUCGUCGACGAGUGGGAUAUUGCGGAUGUUGUAACGAAUUCUGAGAAUAGCUUUUUCACGAUGGCAAGUGAACGAGACGUUGAUGGCACGUUUAAACUGGUAGAAUUGGCAAAGGCUUCGGAUAAAUCGUUGAAAAUCAUCCCGUUGGGGUCCAUCGAGAAUAUCAACUAUGCACAAGAGGAGAUAUCAAGAUGUAAGAUAGAGGGUGGCUGGAUACUUUUACAAAACAUUCAAAUGUCGAUGUCAUGGGUGAAAACUUACCUGUACAAGCACAUUGAAGAGACGCGAGUAAAGGAAGAACAAGAGACGUUUAAGAUGUUUAUGGCAUGCCAUUUAUCCGCUGAGAGGCUUCCCCCUCCAUUGCUACAAAGAACUGAUCGAUUUGUGUACGAGGAGGUCCCAGGUUUAUUGGACACAGUCAAAGAUCUUUGGGAGCCACAUGCUUCCAUUGAUAAGUCUGGCGGAGUAUGGGGCGUGUAUUGUAUGUUCCUAUUGUCAUGGUUUCACGCCUUGAUCACUGCCAGGACCCGAUUAGUGCCUCAUGGGUUUUCCAAGAAAUAUUAUUUCAACGAUUGCGACUUCCAAUUUGCCCUAGUCUACUUGGAGAAUGUGCUGGCCACCAACCCUACAAACAACAUUCCUUGGGGACAAAUGCAAGACCACAUAGCUACGAUCGUAUACGGAGGGAAGAUCGAUGAAGAGGAAGACCUCGAAGUUGUCGCGAAUCUUUGUGCGCACAUAUUUCGUAGCUCGGACAAUUUGCAAAUCGUUCCUGGAGUACGAAUCCCACAGCCUCUUCUUCAACAAAGUAGAGAAGAGGAACGGGCAAGACUCACCACGAUACUGUGUGAUACGAUCGAGCCUGCAGAUUCCCUCAGCUCGUGGCUUCAAUUGCCAAGGGAAUCCAUCCUGGAUUACGAACGUAUCCAGGCUGAAGCGGUGGCUAGCUCAGCCAAAAAACUUCUUCAAGACAUAUAG